AUGUUGACGGAGUCAUACGGAACCCUGGGAGCCGCGGGGUCCGACCUCCGGGACCUGAGCUCAUUCCUGCCCCCUGUCCCCUCGGUCCCCUCCCUGCCGGGGGGCAGCGGAGGCUGUGGGGGCUGCUCCCAGUGGCCCUCCCUCAUGGACCUCCACCCUAGCUCCCCCUACGGCUCCCUGCCCUCUCAUCCCUCCAUGAUCAAACAGGAGCCAGGAUGGGGCUCCCAGGAGACCUUAGAGGACCCUCCCUGUGGCCUAGGAGCCUUCACUCUGCACUUCUCUGGACAGUUUACAGGCACGGGGCCCUGCCGGGUAGGGGCCCUUGGGGAGCCUGCGCCGGCCCACGGCAGGGUGUUCCCCAGCGGAGCCUACCUCCCCAGCUGUGUGGACGCCUCUCCAGCUCCCAGGAACCAGGAUUAUGGGACGUUGGGCUUCGACCACGCGCUCAGUUACGGUCACAGUCCUCCUCAUCAGUCCCCGCAGGUCUCCAGCCACCCGUUCAAACACGAAGACAACCUGUCUCCUCACACCAUGAUGGUGAAUCAGCAGUACCAAUGCCCCCCUCCCCCUCCCAUGUUCAGCUACCCUAACCCUGCAGAGUCCUGUCCCAACACCCAAGCUCUCCUCCUCAGGAACUACAACAGACCUCUCAGAGACAGUGAGCAGAGUGAGCAGGGGAGCGGGGGAGCAGGGGGGGUCGUCUCCCGGGGCAGCAGCCUGUGGCUCUCUGACCUCCAGCAGCAAACACCUGGACUUCUAGAACCCCGUCACCAGGGCAACCAACACCUGGACGACUAG